ACAAAUGUGACACGGUCAAAGUGCCUGACAGCCUCAGUCAGCAGCACCCUGAGAAAGCACCUUUCUACUCACUGGGUGCCAUGGCAGGGGAGGGAGUCACCAUUUCCCACUGGAUCUCAUGCCCAAUCCGGCACCAAGGCCAAUUUGAAGCAAGGGAUCUGGACCAGUGUGCAGAAGAUCAUCAGCUGUUUGCCUUGCCUGGACUAGCUAGCCAGGAGCUUAAAGUAGUGUCUGGAGCCGGAGCUGGGCCCUCAGACAGCGACGACGAGGAUUCGGGUGAACCUCUCUUCCGAAUACUGCUGGAUGUGACCCAGUUCAAACCAGAGGACAUUCUGAUCCAGGUGUUCGAGGGGUGGCUUCUGAUCCGAGGCCAGCACCGGCAGAGGAUGGACGAGCACGGGUUUGUAUCGCGGAGCUUCACCAGGCAGUACCAGCUGCCCGAUCAGCAGCUGCAGGCGGGCGACCUAACAGCUCUGCUGUGUCAUGAUGGAAUUCUGGUGGUGGAGACCAAAGACAGAUGGUGGACAGCGUCUGAUUAAUGAAGUCAUUGUGCUCUUCUUGAUCACAUCACCAGAAAAAGGCUGGGACAAUGGACUGUAAUGGCUUAGAUGGUUGAUCAUUGAUGGGUUCUUUGUUGUAUAAUUAUAAUCUGAUUGUUUGGGUAAUGAAAGUUGUUUAGACUACUUAUAUGCUGUUGAAUGAAUUGCUCAUAGCAAAAGUACAACGCUCUGUUUUAGUAUUUAAAUGGAUGCAUUGACAUUUAAAGAUUUGCUCUGGUACUGUGUGUUGAUCUUAUCUCAAGAAACAUGUUUUGAACCACUCAAAAAUAAAUAAAUAAAUAAAUCUA